AUGAAAUAUAAUAAUUUGAAUAACAAUAAUGAUAAUAGUACACUAGAAGAACUUGAUAUCGAGAAUGAAAUCAUCAACGACAAUAGUUCAUUAUCUGAACACCACCACCACCAAUAUGAAUAUCAUAAAAACGAAAAUGACAAUGAAAUCGACGAUGAAAACAAUGGUUUCAUUGAAAAUAGUAGUACUACUCCAAAUUUUAUUAUAAACAAUAAUAGUAGUUAUAAUAAUAAUAUAGAUGACGAUGACGAUGACGAUAAUAAUAAUAAUAUAGAAGGUCAAUACGAUGAUAUUGAUAUCGAUGAUAAUAAAGAUGACGGAAAAUUAAUAGAGUUGAAACUGUCGGAUAAUCCGGCGGUUAGGACAUUCCAGCGAAUAAGGAACAGCAAGAAAUCGGUGUUGGUUUCGAUUUCAGUGGCGUUGUUUGUCGAUAUGAUUUGCUAUGGAAUCAUUUUGCCGAUCAUCCCGCUCGUUCUCAAGAACGAUUACCACGUGUCCGAGUCGGUGACCGGGCUGCUUUUUGCGAUGUUCUCGGCAGGCUCUAUCCUGUCGACGCCGUUCUUUGGCUAUCUGACCGAUCGAAUCGGCCGAAAGAUACCAUUUCUCAUGGGAAUGGCAUCGCUUGCCAUCUCAACGCUGCUCUUUGCCUACGGAAAACACCUGGCGAUUCUCUUCAUUGCGCGGUUCGCACAGGGUGUCAGUUCCGCUAUUACCUGGGUUGUGGGACUGGCGUUGAUAGCCGAUUUGUAUCCACCGGCGAUGCUCGGCACGACCAUAGGAACGAUCGUGGGUGGCAACGGAGUGGGUGCGCUUGUCGGUCCCAUUCUCGGAGGUGUUCUUUUCGAGCACUUUGGAUAUCACAUACCUUUUCUGGUGGCAGCAGGCUUUGCAUUGGCCGACCUCUUUAUUCGUAUCGUUUUCGUCAAUGACAAAGCCAUUGAGUAUCACAAACAGAUAAAAGACAGAGAUUUAAAACUAGCUAUAAGUACACCAUUAAAAGAUCAAGAUGCAAAAGAAAUAGAAAAAGUAGAAGUAGAAGCAAUAACAACAACAACAGGAGAGAUUAUUCAUGGUGGAGAUGGAUCAACUUUAACAGACUUCAAAAAUCAAUCUAUGAAUAUCUAUGUCGGUGUCAUUUUCGACUUCCUACGUAAGUUUGAUGUUUGCCGUUAUAACACUGCCGUUUCUGGCGUUGUCGCCAGUGGUAGGCUAUAUCUCCGAUCGCUUCUUGGGCUAUCCGAAGACAGCGUUGCUCGGACUGGUUCUGACGGUGGUGACGUUCCCACUGAUCGGUAUUGUCCCUCAUCUCUGGAUGCUCUACGUGGCGGCGCUACUCAUUGGUUCGUCACUUACCAUUCUCAACACACCGCUGCUCGCUAUCCUCACGGUAACGAUCGACCCGAAAUCGAAUGGUUAUCACAACGGCAAGAUCUUCUCGCUUUUCAACAUCUGCUACUGUCUCGGUCUUUUCGUUGGCCCGAUAUUCGGUUCGAUCAUCGUAGACUACUUUUCAUUCUUUUGAAGAAUCAGCAGCAACAGCAGCAGCAACAAAAAGAAGAAGAAGAAUCAACUAAAAUUAUUAAUAAUAAUGAUGACAAUAAUUAUUAUGACAAUGAUGAAAAUGGAAUGCCUUUUACCGAAUUAACAAUUGCAACACCCACGAUAACAACCUCUACAGCAUCAUUAAGUUCAUCAGUUGUUUCCAACGAUCACACAAUCAACUGUGAUUAG